AAUCCAGAGCAGUAAUGUAUUCUUUACAUAAGAACCAGAAAAUUGAGGCUCAAGCUGGCUGCUCUUAAUUUUUCCAAACUUUGAGGCUGGAUUGUUCUUUAAAUUUUGAUGUGUAAGCUAGACUUACUCCAUGAGCCUCUGUUUCGCUACUGCCUCACUUGACGGACGCUACAACAGAGACUCAUAAUCCAAAGUAUUCAAAAACUGGCGCUCAGGACAACUUUUUGUCCUACCAAUCACAGAGCAGUAUUUGGAAAUGCAGCGUUCUGAUUGGCUGACACCAAAAAUUUUUUCAUAACGAGGUAAAUUUUUAAAACCAUCCUUACCCCCGUGUUAGUUAGCGCGCCAAAUUGUAUUGUCGAGUAAUGGCGGAUAACUGCGACCGUAUUAUAAGCGAAAUUGAACGAAGACACGGUAUUGUUUUCAAAGAUUUUCAACGCGAAGUCUACCGAAAAGUGUACUUUGGAAAGGAUGUUUUUGUGUUCGCUCCUACUGGAAGUGGAAAGACUUUGUGUUUUGCAUUUUUGCACGAACUUUUUUCUUUGAAGACAUCCCUAUGUAAUCCAACAACAGGACAGAAGUUCGAAAGUAAAACAUUAGUUUUAUCACCUUUAGCCAGUCUUAUGCUAGAGCAGUCUGACCGUUUCGCCAAAUUUGGCAUUAAUGCAGCUUUUGUGGGCGAAUUGCAGGCCGACAUUAGUGUUAAGCAGCGUGUAAGGUCCGGUGAUAUACAGGUUUUGUUUAUUACACCAGAGGCAGCAUUUGAUUCAAAUUGGCGGGAAGUUAUUUCAUCAAAAAGUUUUAGUGAAAAAAUUUCCACAGUUGUUGUUGAUGAAGCACAUUGCAUCUCUCACUGGUUGUCAGUGACGGUCAAAUUUUAUGUCGUUGCGAUGAUCAUUAUGAACUACCUAUGUUCAAAUUUUAUGUUGUCUGUUUUAACACAAGUAUACAAAUCCUUUUUUGAAUUAUCAAUUUUAUCUCAUUUUAGGGGAAAUGAUUUUAGACCUAAUUACCGUCGUCUUGGCGACCUUCGAUCCUUUUUGCGUAGCGACGUACGAUAUGUUGCCCUUACCGGAACAGCAACCGACGAAAUUAAACUGAAUAUAUGCGAGAGUCUGCACAUUACAAACCCAGUCACUAUUUAUGUUCCAAUGGAAAGGUCAAAUAUAUACUAUGAAGUUCGUAGGUUAAAAGCAGAUGACCUUUCUCCGUUUCAGUUUUUCAUUGAUGCAUUGAAUCAUCAGAAACAAAAUGCACCAAAAACUAUCGUGUACUGUCGCAAUGUGAAACAAGUGGCUGUUCUGUUUAACCAUUUUAACUAUAUGUUAGGAUCGAAUCAAUAUUUAAAUGGUUGGGCCUCACUCGAAAAUCGUUUUAUUGCCAUGUUUCAUCGGUCAACUGCAGAAGUCAAUAAGAAUUUUGUUCUUCAAGAAUUCAAGAAACGUGAUUCUAUUAUACGCAUAGUGUUUGCCACAACAAGCUUUGAAAUGGGCUUAGACUUUGAGGAUGUAGAGGUUGUUGUCAAUUUUGGAGUUCCGCGAAGCUUAGAAUCGUUUGCACAACAAUGUGGCAGAGGUGGUCGGCGGUCUGCCCAGGCUUUUUCUUUAGUUCUGUACCAUGGAGGAUCAGGGCUAAAUUCAACGACAAAUGAAAUGAGGGAAUUUUCUUUAAGUACAAAGAAAUGUAGAAGAUCGAUCAUUAAUCGCCAUUUUAAGAUUAAGUUAGACAAAGAAGAUGUAUCAUAUGAGUCUGUCAAUCCAAUACCAACCGGCUGUCGAUGUUGUGAUGUCUGUAAGUGUACGUGUGAAUGCUUAGAAUGCUUUCUAGCCCCUUGGGCUAAGGAAAAGAUCACAGAAUCGGGUGAUAUAGAAAUGGAAGAUGUCUCUGAAAGCUUGCAUAAGUGGUCGCCAGAAAAACUUAGUUUGUUGGAGAAGAGUCUCCAAGAAUAUUACAUCGAGGUUUUUCAAUUAGACCGUGGCUUUACAGAUGUAAUAAGUGAAUUUUGGUCGAUUAUUACAGAUCAAAUUCUUCUGUCUUGUUCGGUUGUAAACACCAUUGAUGAUUUGUUAACAGAAACGCAUAUUACAGACUUGGCUUUAGCAGAAGAUCUUUUUAUGUUAAUAGAGGAAAUAAAAACCUCAAACUAAGACGAUUUGCGACUUUAAAGAAGAAAUAGACAAACUUAGAUUACGUACCUUUCCUUGUUCAUAUCCUGUUUGGCAAGUGUUGUUGAUGCUUAGAGUAUUUGAUGUUUCGUCGGCGUUGUUCACUACGUAUAAAUGGUCGUUGUAGGAUUCCUGAAAUUUAUACAAAUUUCUUAUAUUAGCAAAAUUUCUCUUUGAUAUAUCAUCGAUAGUUAGUGCAAGAAUUAGAGAAACCUUCAAACAAAACUAAUUUGAGAAAGUCUUAUUGCAAAAUUGACUUACCUGACGAACUUUAUUAGCUGUAUCUAUUUGAUCAGCAACCUCUUCCUUCCAGAUUUUGACUUCUUUGUCAAAAUUUUUGCUCAUCUGGUUUAUUAUUUUGAGGGUAGCGGGGUAACUCAUCGACAGUCCAAAGAAUGCUAAACGGUUGAAUACCUAUAAAUAAUAGGUAAUAUCAGUCAUCCGUAUUGAAUAAGUCCUAAUUUUAUAAUCUAUCUUGCAGUCAAUCAUUUGGCUCUUAAGAGUAAGGAACUUUGAUAAGCUAUUUCCAAUUUUUAAUGAUAAAAGAUACUUAACGCAGAUGAAUCUUCGCACCUUCACCUUUGCUUUUGCUCUAUAAAGAAGUAUGCAUAACAGUUUCUGUAUGGUAUUCAAACGUGUAUUUCUAUUGUUUAUCAGGAUUCCGAAGGCUGUUGCCAUGCGUAUAAUAGUUUUUUUCUUCUCCUCAUUGACUUUGCGUUUUGCAGAAAUUCCACACAAUGUAUGGUAUACAAAUGGAGCCCUUGAUUUGAUCUCUGAUGCAAGCUCUGUUAGUUUUAAUUCUUGCAAUUUGUUAACAUCUCUGCAUCUGAAUUUAGAUUGUGCUCUGGGUUCGGUGAAUUUUUGCGUUUCUUCGCGAACUAGUCUUUGAAUGUGUGUAAGAAGGGAUAACUUCACCUUUGGCUCCUUUAUUAAAUGUUUCAAUGCUGCAUUGUACCUUUUUCUCUUGAGUGCAACUAUUGCAGCUUUAAUGUUGCCAUUUCUACCUCGAAAGUUGUCGGAAAACUGUACCUAAGAAAUAAAUUUACUUCUGUGAUAACCUUUCAACUUAAUGUGUAGAAUAAUAGGCAAAAUAUGUUAAACGUUUUGGAAACAUAUUUAUUUUGCUGCAGUUAUGUAAGAGCAAAAACAGAGAACCUCGUUGUGACUAUAAUAGCUAUUACAAUCUUUAGCUCUAUUAUGAAAUCAAAUAGGGUCAGAAUGCUGUUGCUUUUCCAACAAUGAUGUAGCAUAGCCAAGACGACUCAAUUUAACCUUAUACAAGUUUAACCUUAAUUAAACCUCAGAAUAAAUAAUUUGAUCUUGAAUACGGCAUCUAUUUAUUUCAAGGUAAGGCCUUAUGCUGUGCCUUGCAAUAUUUUGAAACAAUAUUCUUUAUUGAACUAUUGUUUUUGAUUGUUUUUAUUUAACUAUUGUUUUAUUUUAAUUUUCAGAAGCUACCAGUUUUCUUAUUUAUGCCUUUUUUUACAUAUAAAAACAGUGUAUCUAUCCAUGCACAGAUCUUAACCUUUCAAAAUAUCACCAAUUUAAAUAAUUACUUGGCUUUAUUGGAGAAGACAAGACAAGAAAUUUCACAAAUUGACUAGAUACCAACAAAUGCAAUCCAGGGAAAUUAUUGAUACAAAACAAACAUAUUUUAAAAUUCAGUUUAUCACAGCAACAAUAUAUCUAGAUUGAAAUUGGUUCUGUUGAAAACUCUUUAUCCUUCCUUGAAGGACUUUUUUUUUAAAUAAUUCAAUGUGCAAACAUCUGUUCUUGAGUACAAUUGAAUAGUGGUCCAUAGCAUCAUUAUAAAUAAGACUUUAUAAAGUUCAAAAUGUCUUCUUAUCUAAAUCCACAAAUGAAUUUAACAUAAUUCAAUAGUCAAAUUUUGAGAACAGUUGUAUCGAUUGUCUGUGUCUGUCUUCAUUCAGUUGAGUUGUAAUCUGGAAGGUAGAGAUGAUAAAUGAUUAGUCACAAUAACAAAAAGCAUACCUUUGUUUCUUUUGAUAUCUUAUUGGCUAUAAGUCUAGGCGUCAACUCUUUCUGCGUUGACAACUCAGAAUUCGCCUUAUCUUGCUGAUCUGGAAACAAUUCUAAACGGGUUCUUUUUUUCAAAGGUGUGUAUUCAAUCGAUGCCAAAAACGUAUGAAAUAGAUUCUGCUGAGAUCCAUUGUUAUCCCUGAUUUCACUUUCAAUGACUGACAAUUUUAUUCUUGUUUUCUUUAAGCUGUCAAUCUUCCUGAAGCAUGUCUUGCAAAUAUAAAGUUCUUCUACUUCAUUUACUCUAUCGAUUUGGCUAAGAACAUCGUGAAGCGGACAUUCAUAUAACUCUGACAAAAGUUUUAUAUUUUCAUCUGUUCUUUUUACUACGCGUUUAUUGCCAGACUCAAGCGUGACACAACAAUUCACGCAAAGUAGAUAAGAGAAGUGCAUUUUGAAUUAUUGUACAUCAUGUCUUGUUUGAAAGUCACAGGAAAAACAACAAAAAUAAUAACUUACCGUUGCAAAGUUGGAACGUUGCACUAUAGCAACCAUACGACAUUGCCAUCCCUAGAGAAGAACUGACAAAACAGCAAUACAGGCAAACUGGCUAACAAAAACAAGUGGUAUGAGAGAGUUGUGCAAAUCAGGGGGGUGGAUUUGAAAAUUUUCGGGGAAAAAACGAGAACGAGGCAAAAUUGAAGUUGCCAGUUUUUGAAUACUUUGGAUUAUGAGUCUCUGUUGUAGCGUCCGUCAAGUGAGGCAGUAGCGAAACAGAGGCUCAUGGAGUAAGU